UAGUGCUUGGAGCAGCGCCAUCUGUUGAGAGGAAAGUCAACUACCAGUGUUGUGUUUAUGUUUAUCUUUGCUGCCGCUGCAAGCUGAGCUACUUGCAAAGAUGAACCCUUUAGCUAAUAAUCAGGGUACAGUUCCAGUUCAAAGAUUCCUGGGAGGUGGGAGUGGCAUAACCAGUGCUGAGCGGGACAAGAUAUACCAGUGGAUCAUUGAACUUGCAAACCCUGAAACAAGAGAAAAUGCUCUUCUUGAACUGAGUAAGAAGCGUGAGUCUGUUCCUGACCUUGCACCACUGUUGUGGAACUCGUUUGGUACCAUUGCUGCACUGCUCCAAGAGAUUAUCAAUAUCUACCCAGCUAUUAAUCCAGCCACACUUACUGCCCAUCAGAGCAAUAGGGUCUGCAAUGCUUUGGCUCUUCUUCAGUGUGUAGCUUCACAUCCAGAGACACGGUCUCAGUUCCUGGCUGCUCACAUUCCUCUCUACUUAUAUCCAUUCUUGCAAACGGUCAGCAAGACACGCCCCUUUGAAUAUCUGCGCCUCACUUCUUUGGGUGUCAUUGGUGCUUUAGUCAAGACCUAUGAGCGAUUUUCACACGUAGCAAUGAUCUUGGGCAAAAUGGUUAUUGCUUUGGCCAAGGAACAAUCUGCACGACUUCUUAAACAUGUCAUACGCUGCUACCUAAGGCUGUCAGAUAACCCAAGAGCACGAGAAGCUUUACGUCAGUGUUUACCAGAUCAGCUAAAAGACCAAACCUUUGCUGCAUGCCUCAAGGAUGACAAGUCUACAAAGCAUUGGCUGCAACAACUCCUUGGCAACUUGGAAUCCACAGGAGUUCCUGACCCUCGCAUUACCCUGCCUCCUUUGGCAGCUCAGUGAGGGCUGACAGUGUGGUACAUAGUACACUUGGUUGCAACUGUGUCAGUUGGUGAUGCUGUGAUUUUUAAGUCAUCUUGUCUAAAUCUCUUAUUGAUGCCAUGAUCAGAUGUACAUCCCUUCUUACACUGAAAUAUACUGACAGUGGUGCUGUGAUCUAAGGUAUCACGUGCAAUCAUUUCUCAUAAAGAGUGCUGUGAUAAAAUUUACAUUCUUCCAUGCAUUUAUAAGUCAAAAUGAUGCAAGCACCUUGCUUUACAGCAAGGCUUCUAAGGCAUUAAGGGAGUUUCUAAAUGAUCCUCUCCGAGGAGAUAAGUGAGGUUACAAUAACCUUAGUGAUGAUUGCCUAUUAUGAAGAUUACCAUAGGAGUAUGUACUUGUAAAUAAUGCCAAAUAUUGUUAUUUUUUAAGGCUUCUAAAUAUGAAAUAGCAUGAGUGUUUUAUAUAAAAAAAUAUCCAUUGUAUAAUAUAUUUAGAAAAGCAAUUGACCUUUAAACUACACAAAAUAAGGGGAAUGAAGAGUUAUAACAGUCAGAAUUAAUAUUCUCUUGAGCAUUUUAAAUGAAGAGAGGAAAGGAGUGUACAGAUUGUAAUUUUGUGUAUGUAAAUAAGGUUUAAUCACAGGUGAGAGUGGCAAUGAAAUAUUGUCAUAGUUCAAACUAGAAAGACAGCACUGUAUAUUGUCAUAGUUCAAACAGGAAAGACAGUGCUGUAUGACUAGUAUGAGUAUGGUUUUUUCUCCUUAUUUUUGUGUGUGUGUUUGGGAAUAUAAUAUAAUAGUAUAGAAAACAGUUCAAGCUGGAAGCAGGAAAGUCCAGUUGGAUUAUAUUUUCAGUUAUUUGGUUCAUGGGUAGCAAAUAUCAAUGUAACUCAGUGGAAAUUUCAUACCUGAAUCUAGCAUUAAAAUGAUAUAUGAAGGAAUACCACAGUGAAAAUAAUAAUAGUAAUAAUAAUAAUAAUAAUCUGAAUACUUUCAUGAGUGCACAUGGACAAAAGAGCUCGAAUGUUUUUGUUAAUGUUUCACUAGCACUUUUUUCAUAUUUGUAGUCAUGCAUUAAUCAGGAUUUCUUCACACGGUGAUGUAAUCAAGUGCUUGUCAGGUUUUUAAUGUACAUUCUUGGGUAUUGAAUUGUGCCAUAUCUGGUUUAUGGGAGAUAUGGAAUUUUUGAAAUAGGCAUCAAUUAAAAUUAAUAUGUUUUGCAAAUACAGUAGAACCUUGGCUUUCGUGAUUAAUCUGUUCUAAAAAGUCUGAUGAAAACCGAAUCGUACGAAAACUGAAGCAAUAUCUCUCAUAAGAAAUAAUGUAAAUCCAAUUAAUCCUUUCCAGAUACCCAAAAAUAUUAAGAAAAAAUACAUUGUAUGGAGAAUAACUAUACAUGUAGUUUUACAUACAGAAAGCAAUGAGAGGUAAGUACAUAUAAAUAUCUAACGAAAUGGAUAAAUGUACAUUUAACAUCACUCUUACCUUUAUUGAAGACUCUUGCUGGUGUAUGGAAGACGGCGAGGAGGGAAGAGGUAGGAGGAGAGGUUAUUGUUUGGAAAGGGAAUCCCCUUCCAUAAGGACUUCAGGUAUCAGGGCCCUAUCCAAAAUACUAUCUCCUGCUAACUGUUUUUCAUUGAUCCACGCCAACAACAACUUCUCAGCAUCUUCAAUUGUUUGCGAUCUCUGUUUCAUUAGCACAUUUACCCCUUUUGCUACAUCAGCUUCGCUGAUGAGGACUUACCUUACAUCCUGGCAAGAUCGGCCAGGCAUACGCCACUUUCGUACUUUGCUACGAGUUCUUGAAUUCUAUCGUGUUUCUUGCCUUCUUUGGCCCCAUGGUGGCUUAUUUAGCAGCCGCACUCAAUAAACAAGCACAAAAAACAAUGGAUUAUUACAAAAUGUUUUGGAUGAACGUGCGGGGUGAUGCUCACUCAAUGAGAAACAAAGGCAGACUCAGUCACGAACACAUGAGAUGCUUUGUUUGGGUACUUGAGUGGCCGAUUCAUGAGGACACAUUUGGUACGGACCAUUUUCAACUACGAGAACUGAGCAGAUGUAUGAAAAUGGGGGCAAAAUUUUGACGAAAAAAAUUGUCGAAAACCGAAUCCUAUGAAAACUGGGGCAUACGAAAACCAAGGUUCCGCUGUAAUUAGUGUGUGUAAAUGAUUAAGAACAUGUUUGUGAAAGUUGAUUUUAGAUCACUUAUCAUUAUUAGAAUGGGUUUAUAUUGACAACACGAGUAUUCUUAACUGAGAAACCUGUGUACUUUUCAUACUGUGUAUGGCACUCUAUUAUGGUUCAUAUUGUCUAGUCUUGUGGAUUAUUUGUUAUUGUUGGAUAUUUUUAGGAAGUGUCUGAAAAAUACAUAAUGUUGAACACAGUAUAAUUGAAACUGCAACUGCCUAUACUAUAGGAUUGCUAACUAUGGAAAGUCCAAAGACUUUUUCUACCUGAAGGAUAUGUGUAAGUUUAUCACUUAGUGUUAUACUUAAAGAUGAUGAAGGUUCAUAAUUGAUGUGUCAUUUAUAUAUAAGAGGGCCCUGCUUAUACAGCAGGUUAGGUUCUAGGCUACCAUUCUAAAGUGAAACAUUUUUUUUUUUUUUUUUUUCAAAUGCAUAUGAUAACAGUGUAAACAUGAUAACAUGUUUACACUGUCAUAUAUUUAGUGAGCAAUAGAGCUAGACCUAAAAAAUGAAUAUACAGUACACAUAUUACUUACCUUCAAAUAUUUUCAUACUUAGCUCAUGGUGAGUGGUUAAUAUAUUUAUUGUAGGUAGCCUGAAUAAAUGAAGAAUAGAUAUAAUUGAAAAAUGCUGUUUUAGCAAAACACUCUAAAGCAAAGUGCUAUAAAGUGGGGCCUUCCUGUAUUAAUAAGUCUCUUAGAACAAAUAUUAGUUUUAGCUAAUAUCAGAACUGGAGCAGUAAACCAGUGUGCUUUUUGUUUAUGGAACCAUGGGAUGACCCACUGUAGAAUAUGUCUCACUUAUCACUACUUGUUUCUAGUCUCACCUUAGAAAUAUGUCCUCAGGUUGGGCUGUGAGGGAAAAACUCUCAAAACUGCUCAUGGGUAUGUGCUGCUUAUGGUCCAGGUAAGGUCUGUGAUACUCAAAGUUCUAGAUAACCACUGCUCAAAGGGUUGUUAGUGGCAUUUGGCACUUGUGUGAACUACACCUCUUUAGUUGUCCUUAUUCUGUUGUACAGGCACUUCUCACCUCUGUUCCGAUACUUGUCUUCCAUUUCGUUUAGUUGGGCACCUUCAGGCUUCUGUCAGUCUUCAUGUUUUCUGGUAGUCCAUACUACUCUUCACAUUUAUCUCAUAAAUACCUAGUAACUAUGGCAUACUGGACUUGUGAUUGCCUUGUUUACCCAGUUUCCUUGCUCGUUAUAAAACCCUUGUAGGUUUAGCACUUUUUGAUUAUAAUAAAUAAUAAAUCUUUGCUUGUUAUAUGUAUGCAUAAUGUGCAUAGUCUCCUGGUGUGUGGACCCUCUGCCUGAGGGUUUAUGAGUUUGGUCAUGGCAAUCCUGGCCAUGCUGAUGGUGCUCCUAAACACCCCGAUCCUCUGGAAAAUGGACAUUCCUGUAACAUUGUGUAUGACUUCAGUCUCCUAGGCUCUCCAUUUUUUUUUCCUGCACUUUCUGUGGCUAAUUCUGCUGAGGGGAUGUUUCUUUGCAGCUGUUUUUGUAAGUAUAAGAAGAUAGGAGUAUAUGGAGUAUAUGGAGAAAAAGAGAGAAGUUAAGAGAGUGGUGAAGCAAUGUAAAAAGAGAGCAAAUGAGAGAGUGGGUGAGAUGUUAUCAACAAAUUUUGUUGAAAAUAAGAAAAAGUUUUGGAGUGAGAUUAACAAGUUAAGAAAGCCUAGAGAACAAAUGGAUUUGUCUGUUAAAAAUAGGAGAGGAGAGUUAUUAAA